GCCGGAGCCGCCGCCCGGGGCGCUCGGUCAGCCUCCGGGACGCCGGAGCGGGGCGCCACGCCGCCGCCGCCACAGAUUUGAAAAGAGCCAAUUCUAAACCACAGAUAUACAAGAAGGCCAUUUUCUCAAACAAGAGUCACCCUUUAACAAAAUUACCAUGGUUGACACAGAGAUGCCAUUUUGGCCCACCAACUUUGGAAUCAGCUCCGUGGAUCUUUCCGUAAUGGAUGACCACCCCCACGCCUUUGACAUCAAGCCCUUCACCACUGUUGAUUUCUCCAGCAUUUCCACUCCACACUAUGAAGACAUUCCAUUCGCAAGAGCUGACCCAAUGGUUGCUGAUUAUAAGUAUGACCUGAAGCUCCAAGAUUACCAAAAUGCAAUCAAAGUGGAGCCUGCAUCCCCACCUUAUUAUUCUGAAAAGGCUCAACUAUACAAUAAGCCUCAUGAAGAGCCUUCCAACUCACUCAUGGCAAUUGAAUGCCGUGUCUGUGGAGACAAAGCUUCCGGGUUUCACUAUGGAGUUCAUGCUUGUGAGGGAUGCAAGGGUUUUUUCCGGAGAACAAUCAGAUUGAAGCUUAUUUAUGAUAGGUGUGAUCUUAACUGUCGGAUCCACAAAAAAAGUAGAAAUAAAUGUCAGUACUGUCGGUUUCAGAAAUGCCUUGCAGUGGGGAUGUCUCAUAAUGCCAUCAGGUUUGGGCGGAUGCCACAGGCCGAGAAGGAGAAGCUGUUGGCGGAGAUCUCCAGUGAUAUCGACCAGCUGAACCCAGAGUCUGCUGACCUCCGGGCCCUGGCAAAACAUUUGUAUGACUCAUACAUAAAGUCCUUCCCGCUGACCAAAGCAAAGGCGAGGGCCAUCUUGACAGGAAAGACAACAGAUAAAUCACCAUUUGUUAUCUAUGACAUGAAUUCCUUGAUGAUGGGAGAAGAUAAAAUUAAGUUCAAACACAUCACCCCCUUGCAGGAGCAGAGCAAAGAGGUGGCCAUCCGCAUAUUUCAGGGCUGUCAGUUCCGCUCAGUUGAAGCUGUGCAAGAGAUCACAGAAUAUGCCAAAAGUAUUCCUGGUUUUAUAAACCUUGACUUGAAUGACCAAGUAACUCUCCUAAAAUACGGCGUCCAUGAGAUCAUUUACACAAUGCUGGCUUCCUUGAUGAAUAAAGAUGGGGUUCUCAUAUCGGAGGGCCAAGGAUUCAUGACAAGGGAGUUUCUAAAGAGCUUGAGAAAGCCCUUUGGUGACUUUAUGGAGCCCAAGUUUGAGUUUGCUGUGAAGUUCAAUGCACUGGAAUUAGAUGACAGCGAUUUGGCAAUAUUUAUAGCCGUCAUUAUUCUCAGUGGAGACCGCCCGGGUUUGCUGAAUGUGAAGCCCAUUGAAGACAUACAAGACAACUUGCUGCAAGCCUUGGAGCUCCAGCUCAAGAUGAACCACCCCGAGUCCUCUCAGCUCUUUGCCAAGCUGCUCCAGAAAAUGACAGACCUCAGGCAAAUUGUAACAGAACAUGUGCAGCUAUUGCAAGUAAUAAAGAAAACAGAGACAGACAUGAGUCUUCACCCACUCCUACAGGAAAUAUACAAGGACUUGUAUUAGCAGAGAAGUCCUAAUUCACUGACAACGUUUUCCUUCUUCCAAUUGCACUAUUGAGGGGAGAUCUGACACCUAAAAAAUUUACUGUGAAAAAGCAUUUUAAAAAGAAAGGGUUUAGAAUAAUAGAUCUAUUUUAUGCAUAUUGUUUAUAAAGAUACAUUUACAAUUUACUUUUAAUAUUAAAAAUGACCACAUUAUGAAA